UCAUCAAUGUUAGUCAAGCAAGUCCCCACCUCUGACAGUAGCGCUCAGGAAUGAACUGUGUUUUUUUACGGUGCUUGUCUGCUUAUGGAAGUCAAUGUUUGUUUGUGCUAUUGUUAGGUGUCAUCCAUGAAGUAUGUGCAGGGUUACUUUAAUGUCUGCUGCAAAACAACAAUUGAGAUUAACUACAUGGUGUUUGUAACCUUUUGAAGGACCAGUUUGUUUCUAAGAUAGAAAACCCAACCAACUGCAGUGUUGCAUUGAACGUUACUAUUCUAGAUAGGCUAUCCUCUGCGUCCGCUAGCAAAAACAUUAGCUUAAACGGCUAAUGUUAGCUACAUGCAUGCUUAAAAACUAUGGUAGCCCUGACUCAACAUUUAUCUCUGAAGUGCUCUUUUCAAAGCACUUUUCUAACUUUUUCAUUCUGCGCCAAUGUUAACUAUUUGAACUCAAUAAUCUCAUGUAUGUCACCACAAUGUCUGCGUAGUUCAGCUCUCCUUGUUUUAGAAGUUUUAGUCACACACAUUUUUGUCAUUGGUGUAAUCGCAGAGUAGGGAAAAAAUCUCUCAAAGACACAAGUUGCAUGAUGAAGCACUUUGUGAAAAUAGUUCAUUCCCUGGCAAUCCCCGCUGCAGGCUCCUUCCAGUCUCCGUGGGAUUUAUUAAUAGAGCAGUCUACUCUGCAUAGGAGUGCAGGAGACGUAAACUCAGUAACAGUGAUGGGUCACUGUUUGCUUAACUCAUUCUUAUGUAUCAUAGUUACCAUUUCUCUUGCUGUCUUGAUGGCAUUAUGUUAUGAAUAAUAAACUAAUAUGAGGUUUACCACCCCCACCCCCUUGUUCCUUUUUACUCCAGCUUCCUUUUAUAGCAGGAGUACAUGGCUUUGGAACACUAAAGAGUGCUGGUACAACUACCCUUACCAGCCACUGACUGUGGACAUCCAUUAUUAUUAUAUACUGGAGCUGUCUUUCUACCUGUCCUUAUUCUUUUCACAAUUCACAGACAUCAGGAGGAAGGAUUUCCUGAUCAUGUUCCUGCACCAUGUUGCAACAAUCUCCCUCAUCACCUUUUCCUACGUGAACAACAUGGCCCGAGUGGGAGCGCUGGUCAUGUGUCUCCACGAUGCAGCCGACGUGCUAAUAGAGGCUGCCAAAAUGGCAAACUAUGCCAAAUGUCAGAUACUGUGCAACCUCUUGUUUGCAAUGUUUGCAAUUAUCUUCAUAAGCUCCAGACUGGCAGUGUAUCCUGUUUGGAUUUUAAAUACCACCUUGUUCGAGAGUUGGGAGAUUGUAGGGCCAUACCCGUCAUGGUGGGUCUUCAACCUGCUUCUGAUCUCGCUGCAGCUGCUUCACUCCUUCUGGUCCUACCUCAUAGUGAAGACAGCGUGUCGAGCCAUCUCAAAAGGGAAGGUGGGAAAAUGGAAUCCGUUGCAUGUGUCUAAAGACGACCGCAGCGACAUCGAGUCCAGCUCUGAUGAGGAGGAAACUUCCCCAGCCAAUCACAAACAACACAGCAGCAGCAGCAGCAGCAGCAGCACCGCCAACGGGACCAACAAAAAUCACGGGACCAACGGCUACCUGACAGGGGCCACAUAUCCCGACGAACACUGACCAAUCUGAUAUCACAACACUGGAGCCAUGCUACAGACACCAUCCAUCAGUGUGUGUGUGUGUGUGUGUGUGUGUGUGUGUGUGUGUGUGUGUGUGUGUGUGUGUGUGU